AUGGAUGACACGCGGCGGACCGUUUUCUCUGGAAGUGCUUUCACCGCAGCACAGACCUUUGUUGCAGGAGUCAGCCGUCAGAAAAAGCGAGAACUUGCAUCUGACCUCGGGCUCAAGCAGUUCGGCUUUGCGCAUGAAGAGUUCGAGGACGAGUCUGGAUUUUACGAAGGGACUUUCAAGGUAAAGGCUAGGAACGGUUGUGGCGUGCUCGUGGAGAACAACUCAGGCAGCACCUACAAGGGACAGUUCUUGAAUGAUAGGAAGCACAAGCACGGCUUGCAAGUUUGGGGCGAUCAGUCUUCCUACGACGGGCAGUGGAUGCAGGGAUCCAAGCAUGGACAGGGUACUUACCAGUCGGAGACAAGCCAGUACGAUGGGAGAUGGGCCGACGGUCUUCGGCACGGCUUUGGAAAACAAGUGUUUGCGAAUGGCGACGAGUUCGAAGGAGUGUGGUGGAAAGGUCAAUGCAGCGGGCCUGGAGUGUACUACCACCGGGAUGGCUCCGAGUACCAUGGUGGCUGGGCUUCAGGGAAGCGCCACGGGGCUGGUAUGUAUUUCGGUUCAAGGAAUCAGAAGGAACACCACAUGUACCAACAAGGUGUGUUGAUUCAAAGAAAAGUUCUUUUGCCAGGGUCAAAGCCACCAAGAGGCCAACGUGCAGGACAACCGAUGCAUUGCGACAAGCUGUUGGUGACACAGACGCAGCUGGAUAUGAUGAGAGACACGCUUUUCAAUGCGUUGCCCCAUGUUGGACACCUUUCAGUGAAGGAUUCCACCGUACUUGAUGUGACCGCACCGUCGAUCAGACGUCAGAUCGCAGCUGCGACUGUUGCAGAGAUCAGAGCCGGGCUGGUCGGUGCCGAUGACAGUAUGUCAGUGCAAGAGAUUUCAUUGUGCGAAUCUGCGCAGGACGACAAGGAUUUAUACGAUGCCAUUUUCGCACACGAACUGCCCAACAUGCUGCAACUUGAGGAGCAGCCUCAGAUGGCCCAUGGCCAGUGA